GCGUGCGGCGGCCCCGAGGAGGCGAGCCCCGGCCCCAGCCCUCAGCCGGGCGCCCCCACGGAGCGGCGGACGCAGGCGGGGCGCGGGGGGCCCGGCGGGCGAGGGAGGGCGGAGGCUCAUUACCAUACAGCUGGGGACGCUCCCCCUGCGCCCCGCGGGACCGCGCGUCGGGCCGGCACACGCCCACCCAGCCCGGGCCCGAGGGAGCGGCGCGGAGGACGCCGCCGGGCGAGGGGCAGCUCCGGCGCGAGAUGCGGGCCCAGGCCUCAUGCUCCGCCGGGCGCCACGGGGAGGCUUUGCGGAGCUCCGGGCGGGAGGAGAGCCAAGUUCCCCAGCUCUGCUUUCGCUUUCCCGGCCCGGCUCGCUCCACCUGCUCGAGGGCAGCAGGCGGCCGACUCGCGGACAGGCGGCGUUGCGAGUGAGCGGGCGAGCAAGCAGCGGCGGGUGGCGGGAGCGCCCCAGGGAAUGGCACUCCCGUCGGGGCUCGCCUCGAGCUGGGCGCUGCUGCUGCUCGCAGCGCUCUGUCAGCAGCGCGCAUUGGGCUCCGGCGUCUUCCAGCUGCAGCUGCAGGAGUUCGCCAACGAGCGCGGCGUGCUAGCCAGCGGGCUCCCGUGCCAGCCGGGCUGCCGCACCUUCUUCCGCGUCUGCCUAAAGCACUUCCAGGCGGUCGUCUCGCCCGGACCCUGCACCUUCGGCAGCGUCUCCACGCCUGUGCUGGGCACCAACUCCUUCGUCCUGCGGGAAGACAACACCCGCGGCGGGCGCAACCUUGUCCAGCUGCCCUUCAACUUCACCUGGCCGGGCACCUUCUCGCUCAUCAUCGAAGCCUGGCACGCUCCCGGAGACGACCUGCGUCCAGAAAUGCUGCCUGCGGAUGCCCUCAUCAGCAAGAUGGCCGUCCAGGGCUCCCUUCCUGUGGGCCAGAAUUGGCUCCUUGAUGAGCAGACCAGCCCCAUCUCAAGGCUGCGCUACUCUUACCGGGUAAUCUGCAGUGACCACUACUAUGGAGACAGCUGCUCACGCCUGUGCAGGGAUCGUGACGACCACUUCGGCCACUACAAAUGCCAGCCAGAUGGCAGUUUGUCAUGCCUGCCUGGUUGGACGGGAGAAUACUGUGAAGAACCCAUCUGUCUCUCUGGCUGCCAUGAACAGAAUGGCUACUGCAGCAAGCCGGCUGAGUGCAGCUGCCGCCCGGGCUGGCAGGGUCCCCUGUGCAAUGAGUGCAUCCCCCACAAUGGCUGUCACCACGGCACCUGCAGCAUCCCCUGGGAAUGUAACUGUGACGAGGGCUGGGGAGGCCUAUUCUGUGACCAAGAUCUCAACUACUGUACCCACCACUCCCCAUGCAAGAAUGGGGCAACAUGCUCCAACAGUGGGCAGAGGAGCUACACCUGCACUUGCCGCCCUGGCUACACUGGCAUUGACUGUGAGUUGGAGCUCAGCAAGUGUGAGAGCAACCCCUGUCGCAAUGGAGGCAGCUGUAAGGACCAGGAUGGCAGCUACCGAUGCCUGUGCCCCCCAGGCUACUAUGGCCGGCACUGUGAGCACAGCACCCUGAGCUGCACCGACUCCCCCUGCUUCAAUGGGGGCUCCUGCCAGGAGCGCAGCCAGGGGGCAAGCUAUACCUGUGAGUGCCCUCCCAACUUCACCGGCUCCAACUGCGAGAAGAAAGUGGACAGGUGCACUAGCAAUCCGUGUGCCAAUGGAGGCCAGUGCCUUCUCCGAGGCCCAACUCACCUGUGCCGCUGCCGUCCGGGCUUCACAGGCACCCACUGCGAGCAUGCCAGCAGCUGCUCCCACAGCUCCUGCGCCAAUGGUGGCACCUGUCAUGAAUUGGAACAUGGGCCAGUAUGUACCUGCCCCACUGGCUUCUCUGGCCACCGCUGCGAGGCACGGGUGCCCAGUGGAGCUUGCACCUUGGAGCCCUGCCUCAACGGAGCUACCUGCUACCCCAGCGUCUCUCCAGACAGCUUUGUCUGCAACUGUGCCUAUGGCUUUGCGGGCAGCCGCUGUGAAUUCCCUGUGAGCCUGCCAGCCAGCUUCCCCUGGGUAGCCGUCUCACUGGGUGUGGGGCUAGUGGUUGUGCUGGUGCUGCUGGGCAUGGUAGCUGUAGCCGUGCGACAGCUCCGACUCCGACGUCCAGACGACAGUGGCCGGGAAGCCAUGAACAACCUAUCAGACUUCCAGAAGGACAACCUGAUCCCUGCUGCCCAGCUCAAGAACACUAACCAGAAGAGGGAGCUGGAGGUGGACUGUGGCCUGGACAAGUCCAAUUGUGGCAAACAGCAGAAUCACACACUGGACUACAAUCUGGCCCCAGGCCUUCUGGGCAGGGGUGCCACGCUGGGGAAGUAUGUGCACAGUGACAAGAGCUUAGGGGAGAAAGCUCCACUGCGGUUACACAGUGAAAAGCCAGAGUGUCGGAUAUCAGCGAUAUGCUCCCCCAGGGACUCCAUGUACCAGUCCGUGUGCUUGAUAUCAGAAGAGAGGAAUGAAUGUGUCAUUGCCACGGAGGUAUAAGGCAGGAGCCUCUCCAGGAAACCCCAUUUUUGCCGCCGUUGCGGGACCUUCCUUCUGCACUGUUUACAUUGCACCCUGGAUGGACUUUCCAGAUGCAGCGUGCUGCUCCCGGGAGGAAGAGGACCUGGCCUGGGCUGGACAGACUGUGAACCUGCCAAGAGACUUAGUACCCUGCCACAGUGCAGGGUGUCCAAUCCGCCUCAGAGUGGCAGUAGUACUGGCCAAGGGACGAGGUCAGGAGAGUAGCCCUUUGGCCCUGGCCUGCCAGCAGUGGCCUUCAGGAGCCAGCUGUGCUCUGGCCUGUUUCCAGAGGGAGUGGCUGUGGCCCAGUGGGGCUUAGAGCUUUAGUGGCCCUCAUGGGCAUCUGUGUUUCCAAAAGUGCCUUUGACCCAGGCACUGGUCCAAACCAGAAAGGCGAGAGAAAGCUAGCAAGGUUAGAGCUGGUUGUCUGGGGGCCUGAAAGUAGCAGUAGGGAGGCUCCUGGCUGGAGCUGCCCUGCAGGUGAGGUGAGCACUGAAGGGGAGGAGCACUUUCUGCCCCAGUCACCUGACUACUGCUUGUGGGUCUGGCUGGCACCACCUGCCCAAGAGUUUCCAGUUUUUGACUAGGGUGUCUCAGGCUUGUGGGAACAAGGCACUGGGAUGCUCAGGGCAGUCCUUUUGCAGGACAGGAGGAGGAAUUGGGUGCUGUCACCUCCUAGGCACUUUCCUCCCCACAGUCUGCUCCUGGGUUCUGUCCUUCCACCCCCAUGCUCACUACUGCCCCCAGUCCACCCUUGAAGCCCCUUUUCAGAAAUCAAUAAUAUGAGUUUUUUUUUGGGGGGCGUAGUCUAUUUUGGAGUGUAGUAUUUCAGUAAUUUAAAAAUCAGAAGCACUGACCUUUCUACAUUUUAUAACAUUAUUUUGUAUAUAAUGUGUAUUUAUAAUACGGAACAGAAGUGUACAGGAGUUUAUUA